AUGAAUUUAAAAGAAAAUAAUAAAGUUUUGCGUUUAUUAAUUCGAACAGUAGGAAGAUUAUCGAAUUUUUUUGACGAAAAUGAAAUAUGGAAAUGUUUUUUGUCAAGUAUAUACAGAUAUGAAAAUGAAAAAUGUGAAAGAUAUAAUGAAUUUCUGAAAUACUAUUUAAAUAACAAUAUUCACUAUUGUCCCAUUAAAUCGAAUAAAAAAAAAUUGAGAAGUGAAUUAAUUAAUUAUUUAAGAAGUAAUAUAAAUAAUGAUGUUUUUAAUAUUGGUUUUACGGCUAUUCGGCAUUUGAGUAGAAUAAAAAAGUCUAUAUUAACUAUAUCAAAUGAAAACAAAUAUUUUCAAUUGAAAAAUACUAAGUUAUUGGAAGAUAGAGAUAUAUGGAAUUCGGAAGAAGAAAAAAUUUUUUUUAAAAAUAAUAUUCGCAUGAUAAAUUUUAAUGCAUUUACUGAAAAGGAAAAGGAAAGAGAAAAUGAACUAGAAAUAGAAAAUGAAAAGGAAAACGAAAAUAAAAAGAAGCCUUACGUGUUAAAAAAAAAUUUAAAUAGAAAAAUAAGUAAAAAUUCUUCUGAAAAUAAUGAAGAAUAUAAUUCAGAUAAAGUAAAAAAUGACGAAAAUAAUGUCAGUGUAAUUGUUAACAAUGUUUCAGAAAAUGAUAUUAAUAAUACAAAAAAAAAUAUUAAUAAAACUAACAUUGGUAAUUCUGAAUAUAAUGAUAAUAAUCAUAUGAAGAACAAUAAAAAUAAUAUUUUGAAAAGAAUAAAUUAUAAAAAUGAAAUUAAAAAAGGAACUAUAUUGAUUGCUCAUCCAUUAACUUCUAGUACGUUAUGGAAUAAAUCUGUUAUAUUAAUCACUCAAAAAGAAAAAAAUAAUUUAGUAUGUGGAUUAAUUUUAAAUAAACAUCCUUUAUACAAUAAUUAUAUGGGGAUUUCUAAUGAUAAAGAAAUUAUUAAAAUAUUAAAUAAACUGUAUUUUAAAAAUAAGAAAUUCAUUAAUGAAAUAUCUGAAAAUUAUUUAUCAGAUAAGAAUAAUGAUAGUAUAAAAACUCUUAAAGAAUUAGAUAGAAAAGAAGAAUAUAUGGAUAAUAAGGAAGUAGCAAAAACAAAAAAACAUUUAGAUGAAAACUCAACAAUAGAUAACAUAAAAACGGAUAAAAUGAAUAUAAGUGAUACUGAAAAAAUUAAUGAUAAUAAUGCUACGGAAAAUGUAAGUAAUGUAAAAAGUAUCGUUAAAAAUAUUGAUGAUAUAAAAAAUGUUAAUACUACUAAAACAUCUAUUAGCUUAAAAAAUAAUGGAAAAAAGGAAACGUAUUUAGAAAAAAAAUAUGAAUUAGAAAGUAAAAAAGACAUGAAAACAGAAGAUCAAAAUAUUAGUCAAGACGAUUUCCCAACAUUAAAAGAUUUACAAGAAAUGUUUUUAAGAAUACAAUUUCGUAGCUCUUCAAAGCAUUAUACGAAUAAUAAAAUAAAAAAAAAAAAUAACUUUUUUAUAAUGAUGGAUGAACAUCUUUUAGAUAUAAUUACUCAUUAUAUUAUAAAACUAAAUAAGGUUCCUCUUUAUUUACGCUUUUUACCUUCCUAUAAUAUCGGUUCUAUGACUGAUAUAAAGAGUGAAAUUAAAAAGUUACAAUUUUUAAAUGAGUUUUAUAAAAUUUAUUUUGAAAAGUAUAACAAAUGGAAAGUUGUAAUAAUAAAUAAUCGUAUACAUAUUUUUGAUAAAGAGAAAAAUAAAGAGAAGUUAGACAAAAUACCUAAGAAAGCAGAAUUGACUGAAAGCAAUAAUAAUGAAGAAAAAAAAUUAAGUGAAGAAGAAAAAGAAUUAAUACAUAAAAAAAUUCAAAAAUUUAAAGAAACCAAUAAGAUUUAUGAUGAAGAUAGUGCCUAUGAAAAAGAAAAAAAAGGUAUAUUUGGAAAAAGUAAAAAUAUAACUAGCAAGCAGCAGCUAGAUGAUGAAGAAAGUUGUUAUGAUGAUGAUGGAGAUAAAAAUGAAGAAGAUGACGAAGAAUAUGAAGAUGAGGAAACUUGUGAAAAUGAAGACGAAGAAAAUUAUGAAGAUGAAGAAAAUGAAGAAAGUACAGAAAAAUAUGAAGAAUAUAUUACAAAAAAAAAAGAAGAUACACAUGAAGAGAUGGAGCAUUCAGAAAUAGAAACAGAAAGUAUUAUUAAUGAGAGGCAAAAUUUAGAAAAAAUGAAAAAAACAAAAAAAAAUAAAUCUUCGUCUUUAAGCAAAAUAAAUAUAAAUUCUGUAAAUAAAAAUUAUUAUAUGAAAAAUCCAGUUUAUUUAUUUUGGCUAGGAGGGCCAUUACCAGGAUUAACAAUUUUACACAAUAUGAAAAAAUUUUCAAAAAAUAUUGUAAUAAAUGAUUUAAUAUAUGAAGGUUAUAAUGAAAAUAUCAAUUUGAAUCAUGUUGAUCAUCAUGAUUGUGAUAUAAUAAAUUCAAAAAAUAAUUUAUUAAAAGAUUCUUAUGAUGAAGAAAAAAGUAAAAUUCAUUUGUCGAAUGAAAGUAGUUCAGAUACUUUAAAAAACAAUCUUUUAAAUAAAGAUACAGAAAAUAUGAAAGAAGAAAAUAAUUUAAAUAAUGUAAAUAGCUUGAGUAGUGUAAAUACUUUAAGUAAUAACAAUGGAACAGAAAAAAAAUUGAUAAAAAGAUUUAUUGGAAAGGCUACCUGGGAUUUAAACCAAUUAAUAGAAGAAUUAAAUAAUGACUACUGGAUAGCUAUCAACUGUGAUAAUAAAGAAUUAUUAUCAAAAAUCAUUUUUAGUUCUUCUGAAUUUGAUAAUAAUAAUAAUAAUGAUAAUAACAGUGACAAUAAUACUUCAUCUAAUAUAUCUAACUCGUAUAAAGGAGAACAUUUAUGGGAAAAAAUAUUAGCAUCUUUAAAUAAAGAUUAUGAAGAGAUUUCAAAAAUCCCACAAAAGGUUAUAGAUAAUUUUUUAAAAGAUUUCAAAAGUAUGGAAAAUGAAUAA